CUUCUUUGUAUUUGAAGUCGGUUAACACAAGUUAAAAGGUCUAGCAGAUGAGGUCGCACCAUUCGCUACUGUCUGAUGCAUUGCAUCGACAACCUCCAGUGAAAUGAUCAAUAUUGCACACCUCCUUUAGUGAACAGGACGGACACUCAACACAUGCAGACGGCCAUUCCGCUGUAUAACAGCGAUAUCUCAUCUCAUUUCAUACGCAUCUCUGUCCAAUCCCGUCUCAAUCUCCCAUUUCCAGGCUCCCAUAUGAAGUUCUCCCAUCUCAAAUCCUUGUCCGGCCUCACCACCACUUCUAUGCAAGUUGCCAUGAUUGCCACCGGUACUCCUCGAGACCAAGCAAUCGACGUCACAGCCUUCAAAUCCGACAUUGCCCUCAACGCGCUCUUCACCGACCUCGGCGCCGCCCUCAACAAGCCCGCGGCGGACAUCCAGCAGCACACGAUCGACGCCCUGUCGACUCCUGGGGUGAAUACCCUCAUCAACAAGUUAAAAGUUGGGUAUAGCACCAAGUCUGAUGCCGAGGCGCAGGAUGUGCUUGAUAUGGUGUUUAUGGCUGCCGUGGAUGCUAGGUUGAAGAAGGCCGGGGAGAAGGGGCAAUCUAGAACUGGCGAUGGGAAGGGAAGGGGAGUCCGAACGGAACGAAGAAGGGCAAGAGGGGCGCGGCGGAGGAUUGUUUGGUGGACUGUGUGAAUAACAAGACGCAGAACUGUGAGUUGCUGAAGGGGACGCAUUUGAGCGAGAAGAGCUGUGCGAAGAAUACGGUUGCGAAGGAUUGUAAGGAGAGUUGCAAGGCUUGGGGGAUGGUAGCUGUGGUGUGGUGUUGUGGCUCGGUUGUAGCUGGGGUCGUAUAUUAGCGAUUCAUCAGGGUUCAUGUCUGUCACUCUCUACCAAUAACUUCAAGCACUACAUAAUAUUAUCAACACA